GAAAGGACGCAGAUUGUUCAUGGGCAAGUCAACUACAGACUUGAUAAUGAACGGUCUUUCAGUACAUGGGCCAUCUCAAUCUUUGUCCCCAACUGUGUUUUCUACGGCUGAUUGUCAUUCGAAAAUGCAUUCCUCUCCAUCGACGCUGUCAGUAUUGAAUAAACAUUCGGUUUCUUCGUCCCCAAACAGCAGACAUGAUCUUUCACGCGCAAAUGGGAUGUCUUCAACAUCAUUUGUUGAUGUUUCUCGGGCUGGAGCAUAUGCGUUUCCCGGACGUCUUAGCAAAAAAGAAGUCAUACAUCAAAUAGAGAGCUGGAUCACUGACGAUGACCAAAGUCCUAUUAAAAGAGAGCUUUCAGAAAUGUUUACCAGGUCUUCCUCCGACACCGAGAUAUUAGACGAACUGUACAACAUCGUUCUUGAGAAUUCAGGCACUCGCAAGCAUUCGAUGCUGACGAACGAGGAAAGUCCAGAAAAGAAGAUAUCCUGUAUUCAGUUUUAUUUGAUGAAUCAGGAACCCUCUUCUUCCUUAGAUUCUUCCCAAUCAAACUUAAGAAGUAUAGACAAAAAUACGCCUUAUUGGUAUAUACGUAAGCUCUCAGAAGGUAGUAUGAAACCAAAAAAUCUGGUAUCUUUGUCAGUGGCUUUACGAACACAGUCAGUCUCGUGGGUUCGAGAGUUUGUCUCAUUGAAUGGACAAGACUUACUGACUCGGACGUUGGAAAUCAUUCAUGGGAAAAAACAAUUGAAGAAAGUGCACUUUGAUAUCGAGCUUGGUGCUUUGAAAUGUCUGCGAUGUAUUAUGAAUGACAAGUGCGGCGUUACGAAGACACUUGAGAACCAGAAUUCGGUGAAUGCAAUAUGCAAAUCACUUUUGUCACAAAAGCUAAGUAUUACUAGGGUUGCAGCUGAACUACUUGUUUUCCUAUGUUACUGGGAGCCACCAAACGGUGUUAGCAAUGUACUCUCUGGCUUUGAGUCUGCCGGCUUUGCGAUCCUAGACCGACAGGUUCCUUACCUGGAAAUAUGGAUACAAAAUUGGAAUACAGCAGUGGAGAGCCGCGGCCGUUUAGGAAGUCUUGUCGGAGCAGGAGCUCAAGCCCGAGAAGAGGGUCUGCAUUAUGGGCAUGCCGUCACUGAUUGUUGCAUUAUCUAUAUGAUGCUUAUAAAUGGUAUCAUUGAUAAUUGUAUCGACCGAAAAGGCAGUCUUUCUUUCUAUGAAAGUCUUAUGGAAAAUGGAUUUCAUGAUCUAUUGAAAAAGCUUGCAUCUAUGCAUGAUGUUUCGCUGAACAAGCAGUUAAAGAAGUUUUCUCAUUUAAAACAGAAAAUAUUCACCAAAUCCGUUGCUGUUUCCAAAUGCAAAGAUCCUCACCAUCGAGCAGUUUCCAUUGUCAAUGCAGAUUUGGCCGAGUUAUUGGCAAAGCUUAAUAACUCUAUGAACAAGGAGGCAUUCAUUUCAUUCUUUGCCAAUCUCUUUCGUUUGAUUCAGGAGAAUAAAAAUCCAGAAAGAAUUAUACAGCUGCUUGAUUGUAUUAUUAUCUGUAUCAGCGGAGGAGACCGUGCUAAUGAGGCGCCAAUUUCCAAAUUAUACGACAGUCUCCGAAGUGAGGGUCUUGAUAAUUUACACAGCAUUCGUGCUUCACUCAGACCACCGGAAAUAAAAUCCAUACAAAGCUAUUUACAACGCGUUAAAUCUGAAGUUCAAGACUAUCGUCAAUCAAGAGCUGGCUCGUCUUCCAGCCCGGAGGUUAAUCCUACGGAUUCUUUAAAUCAACCGAACUCCUUUGCUCCCAAGAAUCGUACCAAUGAGCUUUUGCUUUCUAGGGAUGGUUCAGAUCGCGUUGACUCGUCUUACUCAAUUCAGUCGGAAGCAGAAAAACAACUUGAGAGAAUUAAGACGGGAUGUACACUUGCAGGUAUACAUCUUGAUAGUUCAGCUGAUGUGUCAAGCAUUACAGAGGAAAAUUAUGAGCAAAACAAUGAUAAUAUGCUUAAUGCAUUUCGAAAACUCGAUUCUUUGCAAAGUUUAGGUAACUUUGGAUCAGUGCCUACUCGUUAUACGAAGUCAAAUUCUACCAAGUGCUUAGAAUCACCUAGUGGACUACUAAGUACCUCUCUUGAUAAUGAGCAGGACAAAGUUGCUUCAGAUUUUUUUUCGUCAAACGAAAAUCAUGAUAUGAAACCGGAGACUGCGAAGCUUACUCAGGAAGGCACAUUAUCAAUAGACGAACGUCCUAGGGAGGGUGACUCUACCACCUGUUUUAUAGAACCGGUAAUGAUAAAAGACGAUGAGUCAUUACUAUCUAAGGCCAAGAAAAUUGAAUCGACCAAUGGAAAAUCUAACACCCUUGCAACGUUCAAACGGGAAACACCUAUUCCUUUUGGUGAAGGUGUUGCACAAACGAGCAUUGCUGUUGCGGAAAUACCUAUAAGUGAGUCUGCAAAUGAACCGUUGGAAUUGGAACCGAGUAAUAGCACGGCGGAUGUAACAUUGGUGAACUGUGAACCAAAUACUCAUGCAGCGCCGCCUCCGCCGCCUCCUCCUCCUCCCCUCCCUGUAUUGCAUUCCAAUGGAUUUCAGCCGCUGGACGAGCGAGAUUCAAGAGGUUGCUUAGCACCCGGUUCAACAACAGUUGAAGCGGAAGAAUCUUUGAUACCAUUGCCGGAUGACUACCCAGUGGAACUUCGUAUUUCUACUGAAGUAUCGAAGUCACCUCCGCCUCCUGUGUUGCCAGCACCAGUUGCGGAUUCAGAGGAGAAACGUCGUUUAAAACAAUUGCAUUGGAUACGUAUAACAUCACCUCAAGGUACUACUCUUUGGAAUACAGUUGCAACAGCAGGAAAAGACAUAUGGGCAGAGCUCAGGGAGAAGGGAUUUUUGGAGGACUUGCAGAAAGGGUUUUAUAUGCGCAAUGUUAAAUGUGUCUCAAAACCCAAAGCUACUAAACGAAUUUAUUUGCCAAAUGAAUUGCAAAAGGUCUUUGGAAUUGUUUUUCACAAAUUUUCCGCUCUUUCCCCUAUUGACAUUGCAAAAAAGUUCUAUGAAUGUGAUAAAGAGUUGUUGGAUUUGGUACCUUUCUUGAACGAAAGCAAGGUAUUUCAUCAAGACGCAGUAAGAAAGCAGCUUCGACCUUUUCAGACUGUUAUUAAGCGAGCUGUUGAUCCUCCGCGAAACUUUGAAAGAAUAAACGAAUUAGAACGUUGGGACCAACUCUAUACGCUGCUCGUCGUUGAUUCGGAAGAGUACUUUGUACAUCGAAUGAAGGCAUUAGAGUUCAAGCUGGAUCUUGAACAGACACACAGAGGACUUGUGCGUCAAAUGCGUUAUAUUCGUAUUGCAUGCAGUGAUGUGAGACUCAGCACUUCAUUUAAAGGAUUUCUUGGUUUCGUCUUAUGUUUGGGUAAUCAUAUGAAUGACAGUUUAAAGCAGGCAACGGCAUAUCGUUUAGAGAGUCUCGAACGAAUGGCAAUGGUCAAGGAUGAAAGAGACGGUUACUCACUAUUGCACUUUGUUGAACGGUACAUUAGGAAGCAUUGUCCGGACACCGUUUCCUUUGAGAAAGAAUUCCAUCGCGUUCCAGUUGCUGCUAAGAUGAAUUUGGAACAAGUAGAUCUUGAGGUCCAAUCUUUCGUUAAGAGACUGACUGAAGUGAAAAGCGAUCUCAGCACAGGAGCACUCUCGGGUCAGAGUUAUUUGCAUCCGGAUGAUCGUAUUCGAGAUUUCAUUCUUCCAUGGAUGCCAACAGCAGAAGACCUCGUAAGCAAAAUAAAGCAGGGCUUUGAUAAUAUGAAGAAGGCUUUUGAGGAUCUUCUUUGUUACUAUGGCGAAAUUGAAGAGAAUGUCAACUUACGAAACCCAUUCUUCGUUGUCCUUCAUGAUUUUUUGAAGAAUUUGGAGAAGGCUAAAACGGAGAAUUUGCGUCUAGAAGCGCUCCAGACGGAACGACAAGUGAUGGAAUCCCACAAAGAGACAACCAGGCCUGACAUUUUGAAGGCUAUAAUGCAAGAUGAAAAGAAUUCAAACGAACCUACGAUGGAUGUUUUAUUGGAAAAGCUAAAAACGGGUCUGUGCAACUCUAGCAGGUCCCCACAGACGAAAAAACAAGAUUUAGAGAGGGGAACGGAAACUAUGAAUGGUAAUAAUCCACGCAUUAUGACAAACGAAAGUUUAUUUGUCACGCAAAGGAAACGGUUCACUGUUGUUGAAACAGCACAUGGCUUGCUCGACAGCUUGCUGGCAAGCGAAAGCGAGCAGAGUUUUAAAGAAUGAUAUGAAUUUCAUGACCAAAAGCAGAUAAGGUUUACAAGCCGCGAGAGCGCUUGAAGUAAUCGGUGAAGACAUUGAUACCAACGUUCAGAUGUUCUUUCACAUCAUCCCAUGUAGCACGAUUCUCCUGACCUCGAUCGCCACGUAGCUUUCUGUCUUGUUGAAGCCAGUAAAGACACACUUCCAGCAGUCUGCUGUUGCCUUUUUGUGAAACGAUGCUGGAAUCUACCAGCUCGGAAAUGGGACCGUAGUGAACUAUUCUUCCUAAAGAGAGAUGAACCAACUGUGUAGGCCAGUCACCAAUACCAUCAAAGAUGUGAGUAGCGUAUACGAUAGUAGCGUUUCUCGAUUGUGUUUCCUCUCUCAGGAAUUCAAGCAAAGAGUAUCUAGCCAAAACAUCCAAAUCGACAGUAACUUCAUCAAGCAACAAGACCUCGAAUGGACGAAUUAGACCCAUGCACAAUUGGACUCUACGACGUUCUCCAUCCGAAACUGCGUGCAUUCUCCAACGAAGGUCGAUGUCGAGCAUCUUGAUUAACUUGUCUCGACGUUCAGGAUAGAGAUCACCUCCAAUAGAAGCAAUCAGACGAACGACAUCCAUAUCACGGUGAACAACUGGGUUCGUUACCCAUUCUUUUUGUUGUUAGAGCCAAACACUGUGUUUAAUGUUCAUGCAUACCAGUGCCUAAAUAGAUGAUACCACUGUUCGUCUCUCUAAAGGGGUCACUGCCGUUAACUGGUCGAUUUUCCUAGUCCGUUUUGUUAGCAUUUGUGUUGAAAGUGUAAUUCAAUAUUCUUAAAGCACAUCCUCUUGAAUCGUACCUGCACCAUUUGCACCAACAAGAAGUGUUCUGGAGCCUUUUGGGAACUUGACAGAAACAUCGUGCAGACUUAACGGAAGGUUUGGUGCAAAAGAGUAUGAUAAAUGGUCCGUAUGAACGCAAAGAUCAUUAGAGGACGAAGACAUUGUUAUAGUAGGUUAAGAGGAAAAAACCAAACGACCGCUCGGAACGUGAAAAUUGACUAAUUUUGUUUUUUACGGGAUAUCCAGUGCUACGGAAAAACGGAGUGACGUUACUUUGAUAAUGUCAAGCAACCAGUUUGAAACCAGCAUCGUUUGUUUGCGAAAAGAAGAUGUAAAUGAUCGGUUUUGGUGUGAUAUUCUCAACAACUAGGAGUUUUAUCCCAAUUGACUGUUUUGGGAUUUUUAAUCUUGGUCCUAAAAAGUCGUGGAUCUAAGAGUGAGUGUGUUGCUUUAAGAGUUAACUAUGAACUGGUCAAGGGGGUUGAGAGGACGGUGUUAUGGGUGAAUUGUUUGAUGAAGUUUCAUGCUAAUGGAAAUCGAGAAUAUUGUAGUAAUGAGCUGCAUCUAGUAGUCACUUUGGUGACUAUAAACUUAAUAUAAUAAAGGUUGAAGGGCUGCACUUUCAUUGUAUAAGGAGAUGUUAGUAGUAGCUUGGACGCAGAAACGAAUUGAGCGAAUUCGUUAAAAGUCGAUUUCAAAAACGCUGUACACUGAUACUUAGAAAAGAACAAAACUAACAGAAAAGAAGCUCGGAUUACUAAUUGAAAGCUAUACACUGAAGCUUGUUUACCCUAAUCAAUACAGUUUUGUAUAAGAAGCAAGCUGCACUCAUUAAUGCAAUUAAUUCUAUAACGGAACGGAUAAUCUUUAUUAUAACUUUGUUACUAAACAGAGAAUAAAAAGUUUAUGCGACCUAUGUUUUUAUCGAACUCUAAUUUGUCUCUCAAAGUUGGAAUUCACUCAAUCAGUUCUAACAAGAUUUCUCAAUUUGAGAAUCCUAUUAAAAAACAGCCAAGGACCAAUUUAAUCCUAGCUUCAGGACACUGGAGAUCCUUGACAUACUAGAAUUAUCAAGGAAACGUUCAACAUAAUUUGACGCAGGCCCAGUCCGUUGGUCACAUUCACAUUUACCGUAAAAAAUCCAAUAAAUUCGACAAAAACCAGAAAAAUCAAUGUUAUCCUACUAACUCACUUAACGACCACACGGACAUCUUAAGCCCGAAAUAGAAGAUGUUUUGCGACUCGUAAACAAACGUCGGUAAGAACAUUCCUAGUAAUGUCCUUCCAGACACCACCACUCCCACAGAAAAAACAACAUUCUCAGCUACUGGCAGUCAUUGAUUUCCG